GUACACUUGCUGUGCGGCUCGCUUUGCGACAGUGGCGGGGCCGGUUUGCGGCAGUGCGGUUAGGUGGAUUGUACAGCGCGGAGUUGGUGUGUGUGUGUGGAGUGUUUGGUGGAAUUUCUGCUUUGGGCGAUUGGGCCUCGGUCUAGUCGGCGAUCGAGCGCCUGGCUUUUGGUGCUGGUUCCCCGGGCCAGUUGUGUCCCUGUGUCCGUGUUUCGGUGCUCGGCAGCCGGUUGUCGCCAUGUUGCUCACCGUUUACUGCGUCCGGCGCGAUUUGAGCGAGAUCACCUUCACCCUGCAGGUGAAUGGCGGCAUGCAGUUGGAGACUUUUCGGGCUCUCUGUGAAAUGGAGAGCAGUAUCCCUGCGGCUGAGAGCCAGAUAAUCUUUGCAGAGAGGCCAUUGACUGAUGAUCGACUGACUCUGACAGCAUAUGGAUUGAAGGAUGGUGAUGUACUGGUAUUGCGACAGUUGGAACGACCUCCAGUGCAAUCUAGUCUACCACUCCCAGGUGUAUCAGGACUUCCCAGGAUUGAUUUCAGUGGUAUCUCAGUGCCUGGGUCAGUAGGACACAGAAUGCCUGCGUCUGGAGUAGCUAAUCAGCAGCCACCAAAGCCACCUUCCAGUAGCUCUACUUCUCCACCCCCUGUUCCAGCUCCACACAGUUUGGAAAAUAAUCCCACUUUGUUGCGGGACAUGCUUUUGGCCAAUCCACAUGAGCUAUCGCUAUUGAAGGAACGGAAUCCUCCUUUAGCUGAGGCGCUUCUUAGCGGAGAUCUUGAUAAGUUUACAAGAGUGCUACGAGAACAGCAAUUGGAACGAGCACGGCGAGAACAGGAGAGGAUCCGACUUCUGAAUGCUGAUCCCUUUGACCUGGAGGCACAAGCCAAAAUUGAAGAAGACAUCAGACAGCAGAACAUUGAGGAGAACAUGACAAUUGCAAUGGAAGAAUCGCCAGAGAGCUUUGGUCAGGUGGUAAUGCUCUACAUUAAUUGCAAGGUUAAUGGCAUGCCAGUCAAAGCAUUUGUAGAUUCAGGAGCACAGAUGACAAUCAUGAGCCAAGCAUGUGCUGAGAGGUGCAACAUCAUGCGCUUGGUUGACAGGCGGUGGGCAGGAAUUGCUAAAGGUGUUGGAACACAAAAAAUCAUUGGCAGAGUUCACUUGGCCCAGGUACAGAUUGAAGGUGAUUUCCUCCCCUGCUCUUUCUCCCUCCUGGAAGACCAGCCAAUGGAUAUGUUGCUUGGACUCGAUAUGCUCAAAAGGCACCAGUGUUCAAUUGACCUGAAACGCAAUGUGCUAGUUAUUGGCACGACAGGAACAGAGACACGCUUUUUAUCUGAAGCAGAGCUUCCAGAGUGUGCCAGGUUGGCAUAUGGUGUUCCACGAGAUGAUCUUCGCCCUGAGGAGCUGGCAGACGCAGAGCUGGCUGAGGCACUACACCGAUCGGCAGAGGAAUCUGGAAAAGAAAAUGGCAAAACUACCUCAUUGGAAAGCCCUUCAUUACCAGCACCUCACCAUCUUCCUCUCCCACUUCCCAUUACAAGAAGUGACCUAUCUCAGGCCCCCAAACCCCAAAGUCAUUUGGACCGUUCAAUUUCCGUCCCUGCUAGCCUUCCUUCACAAAACCACAACAAAUCAGAACUUACAGAUGUAAAAAGCCUUCAGCUCACUCCUGAGUGCAUGGAACCCCAGAUAGAAAAGCAGGCACUGUCAGGAUCAUUGGACAAUACGUUGACCCCUCUGUUUCCUUAUAAACUGUCUGCUCCUUCUCAGGCAUCAGUAGGGAAAAACCACAUACCACAGGGUGAAAGCGUUCCUUGCAGCUCACAAAACGUUUUGAAUUAUCCAACUUCAGAUACCAAUGAUGAGCCUCUGCCAAAACGUGUCUUGCCAAACACGAGUCUGUAUGAGGUUGGCAUGAAAAAGGGUGACACCACACAUUUUACAACCAAAGCCUGGCAGGAAAUCACAAACAAAGAAGGUUUAGAGGAACCUCCAACAAAAAAAAUUGGAGAGAUUUCUUCAGCUGUACAAUCAAAUAGUGAUCUUGUGUCUGACCUGGGUUUAGUUAACAGACCAAGCCAACAAGCCUCACUUGAAUUGGCUUUUGCUGCUGGUUCUAAAAUAAAUGAAGUGCAGCAGGGCACUGAGUCUGGAAAGGGGAUUGAUGAUCCUGACAAUCUCGUUGAGCCAUUAGAUAUGGACUUGGAAAUAGCUGAAAAAGAUCCAUGUAGCUGUCCAAAGAGAUUUGAGACUGAUGAAAGACCAUUUGAUUCUUUAACUGGAAACAUUGAAAUCGAUGAUGGUGAAAUUGUAAACUCUACUCAGCAGCAGGUUGAGGAAAUUAGUUAUUCAGCAUCAAAAAAGACAGGAAAAAGUGGACAAAAGGAGAGAAACGUCCCUGUUUCAGAUCAGCAAUUGGAGGAUAGACAUUUAAGUUCAAACUCCUCCAUGGCUCAGGUGAACAUGCCUGUUGAGUUACCCAGUGGCUGUGUGAGAGAAAAAUCUGAACUUGCUCUUGUCACUGAUAAAAAGCAUGAAGAGGUACAUCUGCCGACUGAAAUUAAACAGUCUUCCUCUGAGGAGGAUCAGAAAACAGACUCUGAUUCACACUUUUCUCCAGUGGCUGCUUUAUUUGAACUGCAUCAGAAGUUAGUCGCCUCCUGUCAGGACGUUUCUUUGAAGAUGUCUGUCAGCUCAGAGGACAACCAUCAGUCAGACACAACAAAUCAGGAACAAGAUUUUCAUCUAAUGGAGGUAUCUGAAGAAUGUUCAGAUAAUAAUUCCUUGAGUAGGGUGUGUGUCAGUGCAGAGGUGGAUACUGUUGCUGUCGAAGAGGAAAAGAACCCUUUGUUCACGGCUAAUUCCAAAAUUUCUCUGAAAAGAGACAGAAGUGUGGAAAGCACCAGUGUAUUUCCAGAAAAUUCCACUUCAGGUGUGACACGAGUUAAAUCUGAUGAGACUUUUGUGCAAGAAUCAAUGGAUAAGGCUGCAGCUUUUAUUAUUGUGUCUAAAGAUCUAGCAAAGGAAAUGGAAGUUUCCCCUACUGAGGAAUCUUUGCAGACUCAAGAAUUACCUGUAAACCCACCUGAUUCUGCAGCUGCUGAAAGCGGCCAGAACUCUCAAAGUAAUGGCGCACAUUUACAAGAAAUGACAAAUAAUGUGGUCUGCUCUUUGGAGAACCCAGAGGUUUUAGCUACUUCCAUGACAUGGGAAGGGACUAUGGAAGCCAACAUGAAUCAUCCUAAUAGACAUUCUUUGGUUAGUCCUCUGGAAGUGCGCCCCCUAGCUUUCCCAGCUGCUAACGUUGCACGAAUAAGACAAUCAGGAUUCACUCAGCAAGAAGCAGUGGAAGCCCUUGAACGUUUUCAUGGCAAUACAGACCUGGCGCUUCUGGUUCUCCUUGCAAGAAAAAUUGUAGUUCCUAUUUGAAGCUGUCAAAUAAGAGUUUGUGAAACAGUAACAUUUGGCGUACAAUGGAUACUUCGUUUGGUAAAAAGGAAACAUGUUUCAAUCGGAAUCAUUAAUUUUGAAUAGUGUUGGGAAAGACCUGUUUUAGCCGUUGGUGUCAUCGGUAUCAUUUGUCACUGGCAAACUGGUUAUUGUGGUCAAGUUGCAGCAACGUUAGUAUUUGAUUUCAGUGCCAUCCUCGAUACCACUUCGCUGAAAUAUUCACUGGUAGCCUAUAAGCCAUCAAACCUAGUCUAUUCAAUACUGGCCUUUAUGCAGUUUAAACUGCCUAUAAUUUUAACUGAAUGUUCUCCAAGCACAGGAGGAUAUAGCAAGAAGUUUGGCAUGACAAGGAGAAGAAGAGACACCGGUUUGAAUCCUUGGAAGAUGAUCUACGUGUACAUGGGUAUCCAUGGUGGAAUCAUGUUAGAUUUAAAAUUUUUGCAAGGUCAGUUGUCGACAUUGGAUUUGGGAUUUGCUUGAAUGUUUGACUUAACCAUUGUGAGAAGUGGAAAGUCUCUAUCAUGUUUCCUCCAUAAAGAUAAAAGUUCAUGUUCUCACCUUCUGAGUACACAAAUUUUUAGAAUUCUUUUACUCUUUUAUAGCCUUUGUUAAAUCUGACACAGCAACACCACCUCUGCUGGACGUAUGUCACAUUUGAGGCACAUUCAGUAUUCACAGUUGGUUUUUAAAAAUGUUUUAUGAAGGUGUUUGUGCUGUUUUUUUUCUUAAAUGACAGUAGUGCUGUUGCUGUAAUCUUCAGUGGCUGCUCAGUGCAACCUAUGGUCUUUGUUUUUCCUUUCUUAAAACCAAAUAAUUAAAAAAAAGUUAUUGCCAAACAAAA